AUGGAUUUAAUCCCAACCUUCUUGCUCCGUUUCUUGCUCCUGGCCUGCAGCCUUUCACCGGGCGCCGUGUCACUCCGAACCGCUCUGCGAAAAUCAGGCAAGUUGGGACCUCCUCUUGAGAUCAAGCUGGGAGCCUUGAACUGCACAGCUUUCAGCAUCCAGUGGAAAACACCGAAGCAUUCUGGUAGACCUAUCACUGGAUACACGGUAUUCUUCUCUGAGGUUGGUUCAGACAAGUCCCUCCAAGAGCGGUCACAUAAUGUACCUGUUGGCCAAGAUACCCUAAUCACUGAGGAAGUGAUUGGAGAUUUGAAGCCAGGCACUGAAUAUCGAGUGAGCAUAGCUGCUUACAGCCAGACUGGCAAAGGGAGGCUUAGCUUUCCUCGGCAUGUGACCACUUUGUCUCAAGAUUACUGCCUGCCCCCUGAUGCACCCCAGCAGCCACAUGUCCUUGUGGUUUCUGAUUCUGAAGUGGCCCUCUCUUGGAAACCUGGAGAAAAUGAGGGAAGUGCCCCAAUUCAGUCCUACUCUGUGGAGUUCAUCAGGCCAGAUUUUGACGAGAGCUGGACCAUAAUCCAAGAUCGGCUGCAGAUGGACUCCAUGGUUAUCAAAGGCCUUGAUCCAGAUACCAACUACCGGUUUGCUGUGAGAGCCAUGAAUGCCCAUGGCUUCAGCCCACGCAGCCUGCCCAGCAACACCAUCCGAACCCUGGGCCCUGAGGAGGCAGGAAGUGGCCGCUAUGGACCUCAGUAUAUCACCAGUAUGGGAGUGAGUGAGGAUGAUGAUGGAUCUGAAGACGAGCUGGAUCUGGAUGUGUCCUUUGAGGAGGUUAAACCACUUCCUGCUACCAAAGCUGGGAAUAGGAAGUUCUUGAUGGAAUCCAAGAAGAUAUCUCUCUCUAACCCAGAAAUGGGUUCCAGGCAUGCACAACCUACCUCCGCAUCUCUCCCUGAAACUACAGUGGCCAUCCCACACACCCCUGCCCAGCGGAAGGGGAAAAACAGUGUGGCCGUGAUGUCAAGACUCUUUGACAUGUCCUGUGAUGAAACACUCUGCUCAGCUGACAGCUUCUGUGUCAAUGACUACACCUGGGGAGGCUCACGAUGUCACUGCAACCUGGGCAAAGGAGGGGAGGGCUGCUCAGAAGAUAUCUUUAUUCAGUAUCCUCAGUUCUUUGGUCACUCCUACGUAACCUUUGAGCCCCUGAAGAAUUCUUAUCAGGCAUUUCAGAUCACUCUGGAAUUCAGGGCAGAGGCAGAGGAUGGCUUGCUGCUCUACUGUGGGGAGAGUGAACACGGGAGAGGUGACUUCAUGUCCCUGGCUCUCAUCCGGCGCUCCCUCCACUUCAGGUUUAAUUGUGGAACUGGGAUUGCUGUCAUCGUAAGUGAGACCAAAAUCAAACUUGGAGCAUGGCACACAGUGACACUAUACAGAGAUGGGAUGAAUGGGCUGCUGCAGUUGAAUAAUGGCACCCCAGUGACAGGCCAGUCCCAGGGCCAGUACAGUAAAAUUACCUUCCGGACACCUCUGUACCUUGGUGGCGCUCCCAGUGCUUACUGGCUGGUGAGAGCAACAGGGACAAACCGUGGCUUCCAAGGCUGUGUGCAGUCACUUGCUGUUAAUGGGAAGAGGAUUGACAUGAGGCCCUGGCCACUGGGAAAGGCCCUAAAUGGGGCUGAUGUAGGGGAAUGCAGCAGUGGGAUCUGUGACGAGGCCUCCUGCAUCAACGGAGGAACCUGUGCAGCCAUCAAAGCUGACUCCUACAUCUGCCUCUGUCCCCUGGGGUUCAGAGGGCGACAUUGUGAAGAUGCAUUUGCCCUGAUGAUCCCUCAAUUCAGAGAGUCAUUGAGGUCCUAUGCUGCCACACCUUGGCCCCUGGAGCCCCAGCACUAUCUUUCUUUUACGGAGUUCGAGAUCACAUUUAGGCCAGACUCGGCGGAUGGUGUCCUCUUGUACAGCUAUGACACGGGCAGCAAGGACUUCCUGUCCAUCAAUAUGGCUGGGGGCCACGUGGAAUUCCGCUUCGACUGUGGUUCUGGGACUGGAGUUCUCAGGAGUGAGGAUCCCCUCACCCUCGGCCAAUGGCAUGAGCUGCGUGUGUCUCGAACAGCAAAGAAUGGUAUCUUACAGGUGGACAAGCAGAAGGUAGUAGAAGGGAUGGCAGAGGGAGGCUUCACCCAGAUUAAGUGUAACACAGAUAUUUUUAUUGGCGGAGUCCCAAACUACGAUGAUGUCAAGAAAAACUCGGGCAUCCUCCAUCCAUUUAGUGGGAGCAUCCAGAAGAUCAUCCUGAAUGACCGGACCAUCCACGUGAAGCAUGACUUUACAUCUGGCGUGAACGUGGAGAAUGCGGUUCACCCCUGUGUGGGGGCCCCCUGUGCCCACGGAGGCAGCUGUCGGCCCAGGAAGGAGAGUUAUGAGUGUGACUGUCCCUUGGGCUUCGAGGGCCUGAACUGCCAGAAAGAGUGUGGGAACUACUGCCUCAAUACUAUUACAGAAGCCAUCGAGAUCCCACAGUUCAUCGGCCGCAGUUACCUGAUCUAUGACAAUCCAAAUAUCCUCAAGAGGGUGUCAGGAUCAAGAUCAAAUGCCUUCAUGAGGUUUAAGACAACCGCCAAGGAUGGCUUACUGCUGUGGAGGGGAGAUAGCCCCUUGAGACCUAACAGUGACUUCAUUUCCCUAGGCCUUCGGGAUGGAGCCCUGGUGUUCAGCUACAACUUGGGCAGUGGCGUGGCUUCCAUCAUGGUAAAUGGUUCCUUCAGCGAUGGCCGGUGGCACCGAGUCAAGGCUGUCAGGGAUGGCCAAUCGGGGAAGAUUACUGUGGAUGACUAUGGAGCCAGAACAGGCAAGUCACCUGGCAUGAUGAGGCAACUUAACAUCAAUGGGGCUCUGUAUGUGGGUGGAAUGAAGGAAAUCGCUCUGCACACAAACAGACAAUACAUGCGAGGCCUCGUGGGCUGCAUCUCUCACUUCACCCUGUCCACCGAUUACCACAUUUCCCUUGUGGAAGAUGCUGUGGAUGGGAAAAACAUCAACACCUGUGGAGCUAAGUAA